AGUUUGAACACCCUGCUUCCUCAUCUUCUCUACCCUCCCAAGUCCCUAUUUCCCCUUCGCAACAUUUUUCUGAGUUUUCUUUGCUUUACGUCGUACUAGUACAGGUCCAAAACCUACGAGUCCGAGUUUAAUUGUCGAGGCAGCCUAAAAAACAAGACAGGCUAUUUCAUCAGGAAAUUUCGAAUGAAAGACUCUUCUGGUGAGAGGCAAAACCAUGUCAAAUAGACCAAUUUCUCUCUCUGAUCUCUGCCUUACCCUCUUUCGCCUUGCUAUGUCCAUCGCUAAUCCUUGGCCCUUUUCCUAAUCCAAUUUCUCUUCUUCUACCGCUUCCCCAAAACAAAAAAACAGACACAAAGCUCUCCUCUUAGCUGACGCUGCCCCCUUCACCAUGAGAAAGAUAAGAGGUUUCAAGAUCGGUAAACGCCUUGUCCAAAUCUCCAGAUGGUUCAUCCGCAAAGCUCGGAACCCACGUGGGUACUGUGGCUUGACAAAGCAAGGAUCAUCUUAUAAUCCAAUGCCUUUCACGAAGCUCAUCAGUUGGGGUCGCCGCUUGAAGAAAGGGGCUAAAUCCAUAUUCUCUGCCAAACCCGGGUCGGGUUAUGUUCCUAUUGGUCGAGACCCGAUCAACGAGAAGCUGAUGGAAAUUCCCAAGGGACACUUGGCCGUCUACGUCGGUCAAGAAGACGGCGUCUUUCAUAGAGUUUUGGUUCCGGUUAUUUACUUCAACCACCCUUUGUUCGGCGAGCUACUUAGAGAAGCCGAAGAGGAGUAUGGGUUCAGCCACCAAGGUGGGAUCACGAUCCCCUGCCGGUUCUCGGAGUUCGAGAGGGUCAAGACACGUAUUGCUGCCGGAACCGAUGGAAGGAAAUCGGCGUGGAAGCGCCACCACCACCGUUGA